ACGCGAGUUGGAGGCAGGUAGCGUGCACGUGCGCGCCGUUUCAUCAACGGCGGCCGACCGGCUCCAUUGCGAUUCGCGCGUGUCCUCGUGGGCUUUUCUCGGCUCGCCGAAGCGACGCCCGGCCGGAGAACGAAGAGCGGACGGCGGCGGUGCCACGUAGCUAGCCGGCUAACGGAGUGCGAAGAGCGCGAGAGCGCCCCCCGUUGAGCCGCCGAGAUGAGCCGGACGUGCAAGAACUGCGGGAGUUCCGACGUGGACGUGGACCAUGCCCGCGGAGACGCCGUCUGCACAGCCUGCGGGUCCGUGCUGGAGGACAACAUCAUCGUGUCCGAGGUGGAGUUCGUGGAGUCGGGAGGAGGAGGGUCGCUCGCCGUUGGACAGUUUGUAUCCUCAGAAGGCGGCGCCAAGCUUCCGUCGUUCGGCGACGGUCAUCUGGCCCACGCGGGCAAAGAGUCGCGAGCGCAGACUCUGCACAAAGCGAAACAGCACAUCGGCGUCCUGGGACACCAGCUCCAGCUCAGCCAGCACUGCCUGGACACGGCCUUCAACUUCUACAAGAUGGCGCUGGCCAAGCACCUGACGUGCGGGCGCAAGGCGGCGCACGUCAUGGCCGCCUGCAUCUACCUGGUGUGUCGCACCGAGGGAACGCCGCACAUGUUGCUGGACCUCAGCGACAUCCUUCAGGUGAACGUGUACACUUUGGGGAAAACCUUCUUGGCGCUCUCCAGAGACCUUUGCAUCAAAGCUCCCGCUAUAGCAGACCCGUGCCUCUACAUUCCGCGCUUCGCCCAGUUGCUGGAGUUCGGCGACAAGAACCACGACGUAUCCAUGACGGCCUUGAGGCUGGUGCAGAGGAUGAAGAGGGACUGGAUGCACACCGGACGAAGGCCCUCUGGACUCUGCGGGGCCGCUCUCCUGGUCGCCGCUCGCAUGCACGACUUUCGCCGCACGCCCAAAGAAAUCAUCCACGUGGUCAAAGUGUGCGACAACACGCUCAGAAGAAGACUGGCGGAGUUUUCAGAAACGCCCACGAGCUCGCUGACGGUGGAGGAGUUCAUGAAGGUGGACUUGGACCAGGAGUGCGACCCUCCCUGCUUCACGGCCGGACUGCGCAAGAAGAAAGCGCAGCAGCUGGAGGUGGAGCUGAAGAAGAAGAUGGAUGACAUUGAAGGUGAGAUCGAAGGCUACCAGGACCAAAUUGACGCCGAGCUGGAAAGCAGUCGACCCAAACUCCGAGGAGUUUACGCCGCGUACGCCAAAGAAGACUUGAAGAAGCACCUGGACGACGUCAUGGGCACGUCCUCCAAGACCGAGGAAGAGCAGGAGGGCGAAGAAGAUGACGCGCUGGAGGCCGUGGCCAAACACUUCGGCAAAGAUGUCACCGAGCUGACGCUGGAGACGCUGAUCGAGCUGGAGCAGGGAGGCGGCGCCGAUGAAAACCAGGACCGGGACCCCAAGAGGAAGGGACCCACGCUCGCGUCCAUCUUGGGAGCUAGCUUACCCACUGCGGCCACGCUAGGUCUAAACGAUUCCGUAGGAAGCUGCGCCAAAGAGGAACAAGAUGACGAUGCUUCCGCUGAAGGCGGCGAGCUGGACCUGAGCGGCAUCGACGAUGGCGAGAUUGAGCUGUACCUGCUGAGCGAAAACGAGAUCAAAGUCAAGACGGCGCUCUGGAUGGCCGAGAACUCGGACUACCUCAAAGAACAGAAAGAAAAAGAGGCCAGAAUUGCUAAGGAGAAGGAGUUGGGCGUCUACAAGGAAAGGAAGCGAGUGACGCCUCGUCGGCGAGCGGCCAUCCGGGCCGACACGGCCGACGAGGCCAUCGAGAAGAUGCUGGAGCAGAAGAAGAUCUCCACCAAGAUCAACUACGACGUGCUCAAGGACAUGAACGUCAAGCCCGUAGCCAGCCCCGCCCACAAGGCCCAGUCCCCCAGAAGACCCACCCCAACCAGCGCCACCAGACUGAGCGGCCGCUGCCAAAGGCCGGGACGGGCGCCGCUCAACCUUAGCACGCCGCUCAGCUCCCUGGGAAAAAGGUUGCAGCCGUUUGUGACCGGGCAGCCCAACAAGAAGAUGGCCAUGCAGCAGCCCAGCGGCGCAGCCCCCCUCCCCGCCGCGGCCCCCCCGGCCACCUUGGUGGAGAGCGGCCCGGUGGUCUACGACGACGCGGCGGCCGAGGAAGACGAGGAGGAGGAAGAGGAAACGUGCAUGAGCGCCAUGCGGCUGAUGGGCGAUCGAGCAGAUUACGGCUGCGACGAUUACGACGACGGCUUCUAGCGGCGGCUUGUUGUUUUCUCCUCCGAUGUCGGACCGCUUCGCACUCUCGAAGGGAUCCUGCCUUUACGGACAUCGGCUGCCGAGCGAUCGAGAUGGCGGCGGCGGCGGCAGAUCCCAGAUGACGACAUCAUCGCAUAAAGUCGCCGUGAUGAUGCAGACGUGUGUCAAAGUUGACUCCGGGGGGAAUCUCAGUGGUAAAAGAAAAAGCUUGUACUUCCUGUUUAGACAGGAAGUGGCUUGAAGGCAAAGACAGAUGGCAAAAGUUGAUUUCUGACUUAUAAACUGUUAAGCCGUCAGAGCUCCUCAAGCAAACGUGUUUACUCGUCAACAAAACACAGGAAUUCGUUUUUUUGUUAAUUUAUUCGCAUGUUCGCUGCAGCAUGCCAUACUUUAAAUUAAUAUCUUUGAAUUAGGCAAAAAAUGUUCAGAAUGCAUUCAAAGAUGGCUUCUGAGCAGUAAGCAUUUUUGUUGUUUUUGGGGGAUUUGAUUUUGGAUUUAUCGUUUUGUGUUGGAAAGCGGCCACCGGGGGUGCCGGCGUCACGUGACGUGCCGCCAUACGAUGUGACGCAUCACCUGUUGUGACGUUUCAUGUUGUCACGAGUGUCGUCAUUAUUCAAUGUUAACAUUGACGUUGAGAAAAGGCGGAAAGCGAGGUGACGUGCAACAUGUCACACGUGAUGUUUGACGUCACCGGUCACGGCGACAACACGAACCGCGAUGACGGGAACGUGUCGCGUUUCACGUCGUGUGGCGUUAACUCGCAUCGUGACAUGACCCCACGCGACCUGUGACAUCACGCAACAUGUUGCCUCGUGCGACAGGUAUUUUUUGACACGGUGACAUGAAAUGUGACCUGUUGCACGCUGUCACCUUUCACGAGUCUCACGAUGUAACGUGACGUUAUGCGACAUAGCGUGCGACGUGGUGCGACAUUUUGCGAUGCGACAUUUCAUAAUGUCGCAUGUUCGACAACAUGAAACGCGAUGCGACAUUCGGCGAUGACGCGAGCAGGCCGCACGAUGUCGCAUUUGAUGUCGCGUGGGAUCAUGUGACAUCGUCAGACACGAGUCACGCGAGUGCCGGCGUCCGUCGAGAUGCGAGCGAACGCGCCGUCGCGUUGCCUGGCCGCUCUUAUAACAAUGAAAGCGUUUCUUCUCCCGCCACCGUGUCACCUGAUCGACAUGUCAGUCAAUUUCACUUCGUGGCUCAUCAUGAAAUUCAAUAAAUGAUUUUCACGCACGCAAAGCAAACGUUUA